GUUGGGGACCUUGAGGAGGGGUUUGGGGACCUGGGGGGAUUAUGGGGAGAUGGAGGGGGGCUUGGGGGGGAUGUCGGUGUGUCCCUGACCCCCCCGUGCCCCCCCCAGAGCGUGGUGUGGGCACGCAAGGCGCUGCGCAGCCUGGGGCUGGCGCUGCUGUGCCUGCUGGUGUCCACCUGCCUGGCGCCCUUCCUCUUCUCCUGCCUCCUGCCGCUCUACGGCGCGCACGCCCUGCCACGGAGCGCGUUUGCUAGGGGGUUUGGGGGCAGAGGGGGGGUGGGGGGCCGCUGCCCCCGCAGGGACCUGACGGUGUCGCGGCCGCUGCGCGUGGAGCUGCCGCGCUCCAUGGCCGACGUGGUGACCAACUGGAACCUGCCCAUGUCCCACUGGCUGCGCACCUAUGUGUUCCAAACGGCGCGGCGCUUGGGGACCUUCGCGGCCGUGUUGGGCACCUACGCAGCCAGCGCCUUGCUGCAUGGUCUCAGUUUCCACCUGGCCGCCGUCCUCCUUUCCCUCGGCCUCAUCACCUACGCGGAGCACGCCCUGCGGCAGCGCCUGGCGGCCAUCUUGGAUGCCUGCGUCCUCUCGAAGCGCUGCCCCUCCGGCUGCGCCCACCGCAAUAAGGAUGCACUGUGGGUGCAGGUGCUGAAUGGGGCGCUGGGGGUCCUCGCCCUCUUCCACCUCUCCUAUUUGGGAGCCCUCUUUGACGUGGAGGCAGAUGACAGCGUUGAGGAGCAGGGCUACGGCAUGGCCCACACCAUCAGGAAGUGGUCGGAGCUGAACUGGGCCAGUCACUGGGUGACACUGGGCUGUUGGGUGCUGGCCCGCCUGCUGCACUGACACUGGGGCAACUGGGAGCAACUGGGAACAACUGGGAGGCCCUUGGAGGACCUGGGAAGGAGCACCGCGAGGGGGUGCUGCCUCUCCUUCCCCUUCCGUGGGCCGCUCUAAGUCUCCUCUAUGGUCUUCCUGCCGCUGGAGGACCUCUCUAUGGUCGUGUGCCUCCCCUUGGAGGACCUCUGUAGGGGGAGGGCCUCUCUGCGGUUUCACUGCCUCCCCGAGAACUCUGUGGUGUUAGAAGUCCCCUCAGAGGACCUCUCGAAGGCAUUCCUCCAUCCUGCCCCCCACCCCCGGAGGACCUCUCUAUGGUCUUGCUGCCUCCUCCUGGAGGACCUCUGUAGAGGGAGAACUGCUCUCCUUUUGGAGGACCUUUCUGUGGUGUUACCUCCCCCAGGAGGACCUCUCUGUGGUUUUUCUCCCCACCUUCCCCUCUGGAGGACCUCUCUAUGGUCCUUGUGCCUCCCACUGGAGAACUUCUCUAUGGUCCUUGUGCCUCCCACUGGAGAACUUCUCUAUGGUUUUCCUCCCUCGCCUUGGAGGACCUCCCUGUGGUCCUUCCCUCCUGCUGGAGGACCUCUCUAUGGUCACUGGAAGUGGGAAGGAGAGAGGAAGUGACGUCACGCGGCCGCUCUGGGCGCCUGGAGGACCAUUAAAGGUUCUGCUUUGGGGUAACGGCUCUGUGUUCCCAA